GCCAGUGGGCAAAUCACGGACACUGCGUGACUGCACAGGUGCAGGGAGGGAGCAGAUCAACCAGCCUUCGGAUCCACAGUGUGGUCGUGUCAGAAUGUCACAGCAUAUCACAAACGCAGCCGGGAUUCCAGAUUUCCAUAGCUUAUCCCAGCCCCAGCGCAGCCAGGGAAUCAAGGAGGCCCAUAAUUCAUGGAGUGGCAUCAGUGCAGUCCCCAAGAGGCGAGGUGACGGCAAUGGCGCUGGGCCCGCGUCCUCCCGCUGCAAGGCCAUGAUGGGAGGUCUGGGUUUUCGAUCGAAUCGAGGCAUCUCAGAUCGAUCUCUAACAUCAAACGGGAGUAAACGAGGAAAUGAAGGACGCAAGAUGGGAAGAAAUCGCUGCGUUCACUGGGCCUUGGCUCUGGGGCCAAAGCCAAACUUUAGGAAAUUGAUUUCAAUUUCCUGGUCAGGAAAAGACCGAUCGCCCUCUCCACUCCUUUUUUUUUUUUGUUUUUUAACUUCUUUUGAAGAUAGACCUCGGGAUGCGGGAUGUAUGCCAGCAGCUGCACACUCCAAAUUGGACUCUCAGGACUUUCAAUCGCCCCGAGGCAAGUCACCACUACUCCAGGAAAUGAUCCACGUCUUACCCCUCUCCGAGAUUCUGGACAGUCGGAGUCUCUCCUUUCUACUCAAGACUCGGAGAAAAAAGGCUGAUCGCCGAGAGAUCAUUCUGUUGUUGGUCAAAUAUGGAUCUCGUCUGACGUGGGGUACUUCAGAUCCAGACACCGAAAGCCAAUAAUUGGGGAGAAGAAUCCCAAAGCGAUCAACACCAAAAAGGUAACGACCGCGAUACUGGACGUGCUACAGGACAACACCAGGAAGCUGGAAAACCAAAGCAAUAAAAGCGGAUUAGUCUAUCUCUGUCAUUGGCGGGUUCAGGCAUACAACCCGCACCCCAUGCAUAUGACAUCUCAGGUGUCACCGAGAGGCGGUGGUGGCACAGGCAGACAAGACGGCAAGGCCGUCGUCCCCAAAAUCGAGUUCCUGUGGGAGAGAAA